AAUACGCUGACUACCAUCGCGGGCGCUUCAAACAUGGCGAAGAGUUUGCAGGUUUCCAAACUUGAAGAAAUCUUGCAGAAGGAGCUAAAUACAACAAAAUUAAAGCCUCUAGGAUUUGCAACUGGUGGUUGCAUCAACGAAGGCCAGAGUUAUCUUACUGAAAAUGGAAAGAUCUUUGUCAAAGUCAACGAGAAAUCUGAGGUAAAUUUGACGUAUCAAAUAGAGGGGAAUCUCCUUCGUUAUGUCAAACUCUCCGCUUGUUAAAUAAACAGUUGGUUUGGUUUUCCUUUCAGGCUACGAAAAUGUUCGAAGGUGAAUUUUUAAGCCUGGAAACUAUUUAUCCAACGAACACGGUCCGAGUUCCUAAACCAAUCAAGGUUAGCCUAUCCAGUAUCUCACUCGAAAUUCGAAAUUGCUCCAAAUCUCUCAAUUUAAGAAAAAGUUUUCUUAUUUUACGAGAAAAAUUUAAAACAAAUCAUAGGAUAAGAACUCUUCUUCCUGUAAUUAAAGCAGGCAGUUUGAAUUUAUGAGAACAAACUCUUAUUUAUGAUUUUUUUGUUUUAAUUUUUUUCUAUAAAUAAGAGAUCUACAAGAGUGUCUGUUUAUUAAUAUUGGUGAAAACAUUAGACUUUGCAAUGUUUACUUAUGGGCCCCCUCCUGUCCAUAUUCGUCCACACUUAUCCAGAUAUUGUUGAAUUCGCAAAUUUUUCUUUGCAGAUUUAGAAAGUUUCACAUCCACAUGUGGCGUAUUCAAAUCGAAUUUGCCCGUCCAUACCAUACUUAGCAGAUGAGACUGAUUAUAUGAAAGCGGGCAAACAUCAAAGUUGAAAACAAGGAUGGUGUAGUUUAUGUUGGAAGUUCCCUGACCGUACACCACCCUUUGUAUUUGUUCACAAAUUGUGACUGAAUAAAUUAAUGUGAUGUCUCUAUUAUUGGUCAGUAAGUUCAAAAUAAUUUUGAACUUACUGACCAAUAAUAGAGACAUCACAUUAAUUUAUUCAGUCACAAUUUGUUGUGCACAGCCAGGUCCAUAGAAGUUAACAAAAACAUAACAGAGGAUUCUCCCUGGUUUCAUAUCCAUUGCAUAACUGUCUGGAUUCACUCACAGUUUGUCAGCUAAUUUGUAAUGCGAUUUUGGGCUCAUGCCAAAAAUUUUCAUAACAUUCUUCUUCAAUAACUGUUUCGCAGUUUGACAUAUUAAAUAAAGAACUGGGCUCGAUCUCGUUACAUUAUUGGAUAAAUAAAGAUUUACAGUGAAACAGUAACUCACAGUUAUGGAGCAUGACACACCAGACCUCCCGGGGAUUGUUAUUGUUAUGAGCAGAGCAACUCGUGCCAUGCAAUGAGCCAUGAAUCUACAAUAGUUAAUAUCUUUGUUGCAGCUUAGUACAAUGGUACAGACAGGUACCAAGGUCAAAAUGUUGCAACACUGUCUAGUACGUUUCUAAAAAAACAAUUUCUGAACACAUGUGGAUGGGGCCUUAAUUUUGCAGUAAUCGGUCGUUUUGCUUUGUUUUGCCUAUGAGUAGUUUCACUUUUUACUACUAAGUCUUUACUAAAAAAACGGCGUCAGCAUCAAUCAAAGAGAACUGUGUUUUUGUAGGGAUCAUCUUGCUACAUCUCCAUUUUGUUUUUCAUCACUUGUAGAUAUUUGACCAUCCUGCUGGAAGUGGAUCAAUUUUCGUUAUGGAGCAUAUUGAUAUGAAGGGUUUGAGGAAAUAUCAAGCACAACUAGGAGCACAACUUGGAAGGUAGCUCAAUUAACCAUCUCUUAGAGGUGUCCGCCUUUAAUAAACAGUCAGUCAAAGUCAAUCAGGGAGGGUUUUUUUUCUUUUGGAGAAGAAAAGGAAAAGAAUGAAAUGCCUAAUUAAAUUUUUGUUUUUUAAAGAGACACCAAACACCCUAAAACUUAUGUCUGGUCAGCCUUUCAUAGCCAUGAUGGGGAUCAGAUUUCGAUGAUUGUAGGUAUGAAAUACAUCUGCCACCAGAAUAAAUUUGUACUUGGGGAAGGCAAUAAAAUGGCACUAAUCUUUGAAUGACUAGCAACUGUAUAGCAAUUCCAGCGGAAGCUUCAUUUCACUUGAAGAAUGUUCAGAUUUGCUCUCGUUGCCUUUAGGGAAUUGACUUAGUAAUUCUUGAGAUUCAUUAGAGCAAACAAAAAUAUAGUGUUCAAUUUACAUUAUAUUCCCAGUUCUUCUAUUUUUGUUGACAUUUUGACCAGAGGACUUUAUUCACUGAAACCCUUCAGCCAAUAAGAGUAGAACUUUGUAAUACGUGUUACUUCAGAACCAGUCAGAAAGAACACCAGAUACUAGCUUUUUUGCAUGUAAUCUUACAAAUUAGUGGAUCAUAGGCACCCUCCUUCUCAUGCAAAACAUACAGAGAUGAUCAGCUCUCAUUGUAUCAUCUUCUAUAUAUCUGGUUAAAUUAAACUGGGUCCUGUUUUUUCCCACAGACUACAUAUGGAUAACAUUAAAAAAUUACAGAAGGCUGAAAUAGAGGAAAACAGGAUUGGAAAGGGAAAGGACCCAACAGCUGUUCAUAAAUUUGGUUUCCCAGCUGUUACAUGUUGUGGUUACAUUGGACAAAACAAUGAAUGGUGUGAUGACUGGGUGGUAAGCGAUGACAUUUUAAUGUAUAAAUUGCAGCCACGGAAAUGAAAUAAUCCUGAAAAGGGAAGGUAACAAAGUCAGGAAAUACAGCUGUUUUGAAUUGAAUCAGUCCUCCUUGUCAUCAUCAUCAUCAUCAUCAUCAUCAUUAUCAUCACCAUCAUCAUCGCCAUCAUUUGUCAUUUCCAUUUCUAUAUUUGAGAGGGUCACCCUGUGACUGAUGCACCACACUUUUUUAUUAGCCAACAGGCUAAUAAGCCGUUUGCCAGACUCCGUCUCUUCAUCUUUCAUUAAAAUACUGUGUAAAGUCUUUUAAGCUGUCCGACUGGAAUCUUGUUGGUUCCCAUACUAGUAUGGGGACAGUUUAGGGUGCUGAUAGCAAUGUCCUACCAGCUGCAGACAAUGUUCCUUUAUCUUAAAGGACAAUUUCUGAAUAUUAAAACAGGACCAUAGAGCUCCUCCAUAGCUUUUUGAACAGUCAAAGUAUCUUUCACAGCAAUUGCUUUCAAAACUAAUAGUAAUUUUGGCCUCAUUUUUUGUUGUAGACAUUUUACACCAAUAGAUUACAGCAGCAAAUGAACCUAAUUGAUAAAGAGGUAGGAUAUGUCAAUGCCUAUAAGUCAGGAGUAAAUUUAUUAAAUGGUUUCUCUUCAGGUUGAUUUUAAUUUCCUUUUCCUUAAUCCUGAAUAAUAAGAGAGAGAAGACAGAGGAACAAAAAUCUCAAUAUGUAGUACUUAAGUCAAGCUACCUGUAGUAAGUUGUCCCUGUUGAGAAAUUAGCAUAAUAUAACAUUCUUCUCACUUCCCUCUGUCCCCUCCUCCCUCAGUGCAGUUUCAAUGCCUUUGAAUUAGCAGUUUAAUUUGUUGCUGUUCAAUUUGACAUGUGGGAUGUGAUGUACAUCUUCAGUAUGGAGAUUCAGAGGCAAGAUCUCUUUGGUCAAGCCUUAAGCUAAAAAUACCAGAGUUCUUUAAAGAUGUACCAGAUAUAAAGCCUUCCCUUCUUCAUGGGGAUCUUUGGAGUGGAAAUGCAGCAGAAACAGAUGAUGGUCCAGGUAAUGCAACUACAAAUCAUUUUAAACUGUUAAAUUCAUGUACUAACUAAAAGAUAGCACCACAUUGGUUAACAACAACAACAACUUUAUUAAGCCUUAAUUACACACCGCCUGCAGUUAGCAAAAGCUAUUUGAGGCAAGCAGUGUGGGGACGCUACAUACAUAUGUUACAUUCAAUCACAUUAAAGGAAGAACUAUAAUAUAUAUUACAAAGAGGAUGCAGCAUUGUCUCUUAAUUCCCAAUUGGAAAACCUUAACAUUGUAAAAGUUCCUUGAACUGGGGAGUGCUUGCAAGGAGGGAAAUUUUAGUACUGUUUUCCAUGGGACAACAAAGAUGUCUCUUCCCAAGAGGAGUAAAGGAGUUAGCCCUUGCACCCUUUAACCCCCAGUUAUUUUCCUACAAAACAAUUUUCAAGACUGCUCAAGUCCAUACAUUUCGUUAAAAAAAAAAUGGAUGAGAGAAUUUUGUUUAAGGACAAAGCAUUUUCCUGCAGAUGAUCAUUUCGUUAAUUCUCAUAACCUUUUCCGUUGAUAAUAUAUUGAGAUCGGUGGGAGAAAAUUGAUGUUGGUCAUUCUCAGGACUUAACCCAAACAAUGAUGACAGCCGGCAAGUAGCGAAAAAAACUGCAUUUUUCACCAAUUCCUGAACACCUAAAACAUCAAGUUUCCACUCCAGGGGCAUUGUACUUCAAUGAAGACUUAUGUGAGGAUGCUCCACACUGACAUACAACCCCUCUAAUACCCUUCUAUAUACCAUUUCUGACAAAAAAGUUAAUACCUCUUUCAUACUUUCUAUUGACGUUCACAUAGUUUAGAACUGUGCAUUCCUCUUAAAUGCCAUAAAUGCACUGUCUUAAAAACAUGAGUAAACCAUUGUCUAGUCCCAAGGCCUCGAUAUUGUGCGUGGCUGAUGUGUUCCAGGUCACUUGGUCUCCCAGUUGUUUAAGUCUCAGAUACAUCACCGAAAUGCAUUGACCAUGCCAAGAAGGCCUGGGAAGACGCUGUACAGGGACUACUAGUCAAAGUAAAUCACAAAACCAGAACGUUUUCUCGACUUUUUCACAUUCAUGAAAUGCACAUGUUAGCCCUUUUUUGGCCUUUUUACAGUCGCUGACUGAAAUGACAGAUUUAUUCUUUUAAUGCUUGCAGUUGUAUUUGAUCCAGCUUCAUUUUAUGGCCAUCAUGAAUUUGAUUUGGCAAUAGCAGGAAUGUUUGGUGGCUUUUCCAAGGCAUUUUAUGAUGCUUAUCACAAGGAGAUACCCAAAGAAAAAGGCUUUAAUAAAAGGCAUCAAUUGUAUCAGCUUUUUCACCAUUUAAACCACUGGUAA